CUCUCAAAGCCACUCUUUCUCACCAAGAAGCAGAACUCUCAAAGCCACUGUUUCUCACCAAGAAGCAGAGAAGGGGUGGGAAAAUGGCUGGAAAUGAAUGGAUUAACGGGUACUUGGAAGCGAUAUUGGAUGCCGGAAGUAGCAGAAAUGGGCUGAGAGUUGUUGAAGAUGGUGAUGAGAAGAGCAACAGCAAGAAUAAUGGUAGUAGGAGGAGAAGAUUUGUUGAGGGGAAGGUGAGAAUUGGAAGGUUGGAAGAGAAGGAGAAGGAGAAGGAGGAGGUGUUUAAUCCCACCAAGUACUUUGUAGAAGAAGUUGUUAAUAGCUUUGAUGAAUCUGAUCUCCAUAGGACAUGGAUUAAGGUGAUAGCAACAAGGAACUCACGUGAUAGGAGCAACAGGCUUGAGAAUAUGUGCUGGCGCAUUUGGCAUCUUGCUCGCAAAAAGAAGCAGAUUGCAUGGGAUGAUGCACAGAGGCUUACAAAGCGGCGUCUUGAGCGGGAGCAAGGUCGCCAUGAUGCUGCUGAUGACCUUUCAGAGCUCUCUGAAGGGGAAAAGGAGAAAGGAGAUCCCAACCAAAUAGAACCUGUCAAGGAGCAAAUGACCAGAAUCAAUUCUGAUAUGCAUAUAUGGUCAGAUGAUGACAAGUCCAGACACUUAUAUAUUAUCUUAAUCAGUAUUCAUGGGUUAGUACGUGGAGAAAACAUGGAACUUGGAAGAGAUUCAGAUACAGGUGGUCAAGUGAAAUAUGUUGUAGAACUAGCGAGGGCUCUGGCAAAUACGAAGGGAGUGUAUCGGGUGGACCUCCUCACUAGACAAAUUACCUCAACAGAGGUUGACUCAAGCUAUGGUGAGCCCAUUGAGAUGUUGUCAUGCCCUUCAGAUGGUGGGGGCAGUUGUGGAGCAUAUAUUAUCCGGAUCCCGUGUGGUCCUCGUGAUAGGUACAUACCAAAAGAGUCACUAUGGCCAUACAUACCUGAAUUUGUGGAUGGGGCUCUAGGCCACAUUGUCAACAUGGCAAGAGCUUUGGGUGAACAAGUGGAUGCAGGGAAGCCGAUAUGGCCUUAUGUUAUUCAUGGUCACUAUGCUGAUGCUGGGGAGGUAGCAGCACACUUGUCCGGGGCCUUGAAUGUGCCAAUGGUGCUAACUGGACAUUCACUGGGUAGGAACAAAUUUGAGCAAUUACUCAAACAAGGGAGGCUAUCCAGGGAGGACAUAAAUUCAACUUACAAGAUAAUGAGGAGAAUUGAGGCUGAGGAGCUGGGGUUGGAUGCAGCUGAAAUGGUGGUGACUAGCACAAGGCAAGAGAUUGAAGAGCAAUGGGGACUGUAUGAUGGGUUUGAUCUCAAGUUGGAGAGGAAGCUUCGGGUUAGGAGACGUCGAGGAGUGAGUUGCUUUGGAAGGAACAUGCCUAGGAUGGUGGUUAUUCCACCGGGGAUGGACUUCAGCUAUGUUAAAAUCCAAGAUUCAGAAGGUGACAGUGACCUCAAGUCCUUAAUCGGCUCUGACAAAACUCAAAACAAAAGGCAUCUACCUCCAAUCUGGUCUGAGAUUAUGCGGUUUUUCACAAAUCCACACAAGCCCAUGAUACUUGCACUGUCCCGGCCAGAUCCUAAGAAAAAUGUCACCACUCUGCUCAAGGCUUUUGGAGAGUGUCGACAGCUCCGAGAGCUAGCCAACUUGACUUUGAUUCUAGGUAACAGAGAUGACAUAGAAGAAAUGUCAAACAGCAGCUCAGUUGUUCUUACAACAGCGCUCAAGUUCAUAGACAAGUAUGACUUGUAUGGUCAAGUGGCCUAUCCCAAGCAUCACAAACAGUCUGAAGUUCCUGAGAUAUAUAGGUUGGCUGCUAAAACCAAGGGAGUUUUUAUCAACCCUGCUCUUGUGGAGCCAUUUGGUCUCACACUUAUAGAGGCAGCUGCUUAUGGUUUACCUGUUGUUGCUACAAAAAACGGUGGGCCUGUGGAUAUUAUCAAGGCACUCAACAAUGGCCUCCUUGUUGACCCACAUGACCAGAAAGGCAUAGCAGAUGCCCUUCUAAAGCUCCUUGCUGAUAAGAACUUAUGGUUAGAGUGCCGUAAAAAUGGGCUAAAGAACAUCCACCGGUUUUCAUGGCCGGAACACUGUCGUAACUACUUGUCCCAUGUUGAGCAUUGCCGGAACCGGCACCCCAACACCCAUCUUGGGAUCAUACCUAGUAUUGAAGAACCCAUGAGCGACUCCCUAAGGGAUUUAGAAGACCUUUCUCUAAAGUUUUCUGUUGAUGGAGACUUCAAGCUUAAUGGAGAGCUUGAUGCAGCAACUAGACAGAAAGAACUCAUUGAAGCUCUAACCCGCAUGGCUUCCUCUAAUGGAAAUUCUAGUGUUAGCUAUCAUUCAGGAAGAAGGCAAGGGCUAUUUGUAAUAGCAGCAGAUUGUUAUGAUAGCAAUGGAGAUUGCACUGAGAGAUUACCAGCAAUUAUAAAAAAUGUGAUGAAAUCUACAAGCUCUGGUUUAAACCUAAUAGGAUUUGUAUUGUUGACUGGUUUGAGUUUACAGGAGAUAUUAGAGAAGUUAAGGUGUUGCCAAGUGAACUUAGAAGAAAUUGAUGCAUUGGUUUGCAAUAGUGGGAGUGAAAUUUACUAUCCAUGGAGGGAUUUGAUAGCUGAUUUGGAGUAUGAAGCCCACGUGGAGUAUCGGUGGCCUGGUGAGAAUGUUAGAUCAGUAGUGACGAGGCUUGCUCAGGGAGAAGGGGGGGCUGAGGAUGACAUUGUGGAGUAUGCAGGUGUGUGUAGUACUAGGUGCUACUCUUAUGGAGUGAAACCAGGAGCUAAGACUCGGAGAAUUGAUGACUUGCACCAAAGGAUGCGGAUGAGAGGCUUCCGUUGCAACCUUGUCUAUACGCAUGCUACAUCAAGGUUGAAUGUGGUACCCUUAUUUGCAUCAAGGGCCCAAGCACUAAGGUAUCUUUCAGUUAGAUGGGGAAUUGACCUUUCUAAAAUGGUGGUGUUUGUUGGGGAAAAAGGGGAUACAGAUUAUGAAGACCUGCUUGUUGGCCUGCACAAGACCAUCAUUCUCAGAGGUUUAGUGGAGUAUGGCAGUGAGAAGCUUCUUCGCAAUGAAGAGAGUUUCAAAAGGGAGGACAUGAUCCCACAAGAUAGUCCUAACAUUGCCUUUGUGGAGGAGGGUUAUGAGGCUCUUAAUAUCUCAGCAGCUCUACUGACUCUCGGGAUCAAGUGAUCUGUUUUCCCCUUUAUACUAUAUUUUUUCCUUUUUCAUGUUUUGAUGCAUGUAGAUUUCAUAUAUAUUGUAAAAGCCUAAAUCUGAAUACCUGAUAUAAGAAGAAUAUAUAUAUAUAUCUAAACUUGUGUAUAAAA